GUAUGUUGAUGAUUUACCCAUUUUUCAGACUAGUAUUGUUAGUAAUAUAAUAAUAGAAUAGUAUCAGCUAUAGACUAUUAUUAUCAAGAAUUGAAAAUGAACGGUGGAAUGGUCGGGCACAGUCCCUACAAAAAGAAGAUCUGCAACAACUUCGCUAAGGGAAAUUGUCUGGCUGGAAGCGAUUGCACUUUCGCUCACGGAACCCGCGAGUUGAGAACCUUCGAGAACCCGAUCUACAAAUCGAUGCUGUGCACAUCGUACGAUCAAGGGGGAAUUUGUCAGAUGGGAACUGACUGUCUGCUUGCUCAUGGAGAAAUUGAACUAAGAUUCGAUGAUGUGACGAUUGCGACCGUAUCAACUGAGGAUGAGAACACUGCCCCAAGUUUGACCAACCAACAAACGAAAGAGCUGAAGAAAAGUGCAUACAAGAGCGCGCUAUGUAUUCACUUCAUGCGACAAGGAAACUGUAAUCUGGGGAAGGGUUGUGCAUUCGCUCACGGAAAGGAAGAACUGACGAAUGUUGCCCCGCCCGACACCAAUGACCCGAAGUACAAGACGAAGCUGUGUCUGCGCUACGAACAGGACAGCUUUUGUCCCAGCGGAGAGCACUGUGUAUUUGCUCACGGGGAAGACGAGCUGAAAGCGCAAAGUGGAUCGGCUGAUAAAAGUGGAAAGCUAAGCCUGUUGUACAAGACUAGUCUGUGUAAUAACUUCGCAACUUUGGGAAUGUGCCCUAAUGGAAAGAACUGUUCGUUUGCUCAUGGAAAAUACGAGUUGAGACCCGUUGGAUUUGAUGGAGAUUUCGAGGCCAAAAUAGCUGAGAACCCGAAGUGGAAAUGCCUCAAGUGCAACAUCUACGUCCAAACGGGACACUGCAAUCGAGUCAACUGUGACUUCGCUCACGGGGAGGAGGAGUUACGCAACGAGUUCCCCGAAGCCAGCAAGGCAGUCAAAGUCAAGGUCAACUACAAGACUGCGAUCUGCAAUAACUUUGCAGCACAAGGAUACUGCUUCCACGAAGACAAGUGUUCGUUUGCACACGGCGAGCAUGAGUUGAACAAAACGCGGGAUGCAGCUGCUGCUUUGAAGAUCAUCCGAGAAUCGGCUGUGCAGCAGAGAAAGAGACCUAAGAUCGAGGCAGCUGCUGGGGGAGCUGAGUCCUUGUCCAGAAGUGGAGGGAACGCGACGGUAGCCGCUAUGAGUAGCCCGACUGAUCAGACGCUUUUCGCGGAGUUUCUUGAGUUCAAGAAGUUCAAACAGCAAAGCGACACAGCUGCAGCCGCUGCCGUGGCUCCUGUUGCAGCAUCUUAUUUCAACUCGAAACAAUUCGUCACGAAAUCAGUGGUAUCAACUCCUGGAGGAUACUACGGUAGCACUUCUGUGGGAGAGGUACCAUCCCAACCUUCUACCCAGGCAUACUACGGAUCAUUAGCAGGGGGGUUCCGAAAGCAAGCGGCACCCGUUGAUAACAAUACUGCAUUCGAACGUCAGAAGAUUGCGUUUCGAGCAAAUGCUCAGGCCGAGUAUGCGUAUUAAAAAGCUCAGAACAAAAUUAUGACCUAAGAGCUCAGAGAAUGAAUCUAAGAGACUAUUAUCUAAAAUGAUUACCUUACUAUUUGUUCUGUCUAUGAUUUUGACCAAUGAUUAGAUUCAAUUAUGAUUAACUUAAAGUGGCUCUUUUUCCUUUUCGACCCAACCUCACAUGAGCAUCAGUUUUAUGGUGUAGUGAGUGGUUUUACAAUGUUGUUUAUGAAGACCAAGUAUGAUUGUCAUGGCCUACCUAGGCAGCGUGUCAAUUUUCAUAACAAUCGGUUGGUGGGAACAGUAAUUUUACGUGUAAAAAUUCGCAGGUAGAGAAAAGGAAAAAGAGCCCUUAAAGUUAACGUUAUAGAUAUAGUUUACUAAUGAUCAGUAUAUCUUAUGUAUAGUAAUAUGCAUACGUGCUAUAGAUGUUGUAUAUUUAAUUCUGUGUUUUAUGAACCUGUUGCUCUAAUGUCUAUCAAUGAUUGUUGCUUGAAAUCAUAUCUUCAAUCCAGGAAAAUUAGUCCGUUGUUACAGUUUUGAUUGCCAUUUUGGCGGUCUCUUAAUUAAAAUGGGCUUUAGUUUACUUGCUUGGUCCCUUUAAAUUACUGUGGUCCUUAAUAAAAGCAGAGAUACAGUAUUUGGGUUAAUUCACUCAGUAAGCAUUAUUUUCUCUAAAUUCCUAGUCUCUUAAUUUCCUUAUCUUGAUGACACAACUUGCUUAGUUAUAGCUUAGUGGGUACGAAUUUGGUAACCAGGCUCAAAGUGUAGAUUCGAACCCCGCGCUUGUUUUUGUUUUUAGGAAAUAGGCGGGACCAAUCAUCUAGUUUUCUCACGGGACCAAACAAGUGAACUAGUACCUUAAAAUGUUCAAUGUGCAAUAUAAAAACUAUUUAUCUGAUUAAAUAUUUUUGAUCAGUUCUGAAGUUAAAAGAGUCUUGCUGGAUUCUCUUUGAUCUUGACAUUAUUU